CCCGCCGUCCUCCGCCCGUCGCGCGGCCGCGGUGCGAGAGGCGGGAGCGGAGCGGGCGCGCGGAAGGCAUCCCGGUGCCUGCGGGACCGUGCCGUGCUCCUCCGUGCGCGGCUCCCGCAUCCCGCCUCGCUGCAGCCGCGCCGCUGCCCUGUAGCGCUUCCCCGCGUCUCCUCCCCACGCGCGCGUCGCGGCCGGGGUUGUUUUCCCGUGAUAUCUUUUCCGCCGGUGAGAGCAGCUCAGAGAAAAAAAAAUAAAGAAAGAAAGAAAAGGAAAAAAAAAAAAAAAAAAGAGGUGAGGAUCUGCCUGUUUAUAUGUCGUAGAGGAAGCAUUCUCGCUGUCUCAUCUCCCCGAGCAGCCAGACGUAGGGACGUUGCUGGCUCCAGACCCGGCGAAGGGGAGCGGUGAGCGGGAGCCGUGCGUGGCUCUGUGUCCAGCCCUGCGCUCACCCUGCGGCUCCCGUUGGCCUCCCCGGGCCCGGCUGGUGGCUGCGAGCCGGCCGCCACUCCCUCGCGGCGUGACGGGCAUCAGGCAAAGUUCUGGAGUGAACAAAGGGAGCCGAAAGAAAUAUAUCGGAGCGGGGAGAGAAGGGAACGUACCUGCUAUUUGGUGAUAGCCACUUCAACCACAGCUUGGCCCAGCGGGGGACUGUAUGGGGUGGGAAGCCGCUCGCUGGUUGCUUUUCAGAUUGAGCAUGUGGUCUGCGUCUCUGUAAGGGAAGAAGGUUCCCUUGCCCCCCAGUGACAGCAGUCAGCGUGCUGCUGUCUGUGCUCAGGUAACUGGCAGCGUGCAGUGAGUGUCAGCAGCUCUGUGGCUUUUUGUGGUUUCUUAAGAAUCUCGGGGCAGUGAGAGGGAACGGUGGUUCCUUCGUGAUCCUUUUUUCCUUCACGAAGCUGAAACUGAUGAAAGUUAUAUCAGUUCCUCCGAGAUCUGUACGCUGCUGGUAGUAGAUGGUAGACUUCCUUUCUUCUGUUGAAACUUUUGGAUGAUUCUUACAGGGUUUGCCUGCAGGCCCGCUUCUUUUCCACCUCUAAUAGCUGGGUGCCUCAUCUGAGCGGCUCAUCUUUGGCAAAAGUAAGAAUUUCCCAGCUGGGGCUGUCUAAUGGUAAGCUGCUGGCUUUGGUGUUUUGUGGUUUGUGCUUCAGGCACAUUGCUCCAGCUACCUCCUGGCAGAAGGUGUAGUGGCACGAAGUAUCAGUUCAGUGCAAAGCCCUGCGCAGGCUUCUCUAGAAGUUGUACUGAUGAGGGCUGAAUACCUGCCUCCAGUGUGUGAGAAACAGUUCUGGCGCGUGGAUGUGGCCCUCGGUGCAAGGCAGAAAUGAUGAAGGUGGCGCAGAGAAGUUGCUUGCUAACUAUUUUUGUGUUAAGUAUCUAUAAAAGUUUGGGCCCGUUGACAGAUUUCUGUUUUUCUGUUUCGUUUGAGCAAAGUAAGGCAUUGCUGAGGAACAACUGGAUUUGCCUGAAUAACACUAUAUAACAUUCGAUUCUAUAUGGAAAGGACUUCUGAAUAGCUGCUUAACUGAGUAUACCCAUCCAGACAUAAGAUAGACUGCGGUGGAUUUCUGGUGUGGUAAAAUUGUGGUGAGACCAGGGAGAACUGUCCCCUGCCUCCACCACAAUGUAACAGCGUGAUCCGAUGCAUCUACAGUAUCAUAUGCUUGGUUACAUUGAAGAAGACUUGGAAUAGUUUGCCCUUUGAUGCUUCCUCCUGCUACUUAGCAAGUAAUAAUCACUUUGCUGCCUUCCCAUAGCAGAGGGAGAAAAGGUGCUUCACGCGUGUGCUUUCCCUUAUUCACACGCUCUCUCUCAGGUGCACGUUAAUAUUUGAUCCGAACUUGUAUGGUACAGAUCUGCUGGAGUCGGUCUGGGUGAUAUUUGAAUGUAUAAUGAUGGAGUUCAUUUCUGACAUGGCCAACGCUUUGUAAUUUGCUCUAUGGGCAGGUCUGCCUUGACAGUGUGCGUUGGCAAAGUGGCUGUCUUCCAGAGGAAGAAAAUGAAUGACUCUUUACCCCCUUCCUACCCCUGCAGCUCCCACGCAAGUCUCCUCACAAGUAAUUUCAACCCAUUACUCCCCAGACAGGACUUUAACCAGACAAAUCUAAUUCACCCGAGCAGUCUCAUUGAAAUCUGGCAAUUAGGGACUCCUUUGGUGACAAAAGGCCUACAGAUCUGUAUAGUGCAAGUCAGCAAUUCACUUCGAGUGAAAGCCACAAAAGGAUUCAUGUGCUUCAGCAUGGAGCAUCACGAGCUGCGCUGCAAGGGUAUUUGCAAGCCCUGUACAAGGGGCGUAGGAGCUGGCUCUGCAGUGCUGAGCAUUGUGCUCACACCUCUGUGCUGAGGUGGCCUUCCAGGCCACCACAAACAGAACGUGAGUUGUUUGAGUGCCUCUGAGAAAUGUCCCUGGCUCCUGGAGGGAAGCAGGCUCUCAAUCUGAGAGAGGUGAAGCUGAGUCCAUCUGUGGGAGAUGUCCUCAGGCCAUGACGCCAGAGGCCGACUUGGCCUCACAGAGAUCUGCAGCUGAGGAGAAGUGCCCCGUUGUUCUUCCUACUACUGGCUGCAGGAAAACAAUGACAUCUUGUACAGGAUUUUCAGAACUUUCCUUCACUUGGAGUUGGGACAAAACCCAACAAUAUCAUUAUUUUCACUGAAGGAAACGAAGAAGUAAAAUGACUUCCAGUCAACCAAAACCAUUGCCACCGUGUCUUGCUUCCGACUGUUUGGAGUUGAAAUAAAGGCUUACAACUCCAAGUAUGUGGAUCUACUUGGGGUAAAAUAAACCUGUGACAAUUUGACAUUUUAUUGAAGAUUCCAAUUCAGUAUAAAAUCAGUAACAGUUAUGGAGCUUUUAGAUGUUGAUAGAACUAAAUAUCCUUGCAGAAAAUGACCGCCAGGCUUUUCCUCACCAGUUCUGCUCUUCAUAUACCGUGCAUCUGCGUGAAUAUUUUUUCACCUGAAAAAGCCAUCCGAAAGCUAGCCUUGCAGAACUGGCUGAAUUCAAUCAGAUGGCUUGAGUGUAGAAAGCUUUUCAGCAGAGGAGGUGACAAAAAGUGAAUCUUACACUCAUCGGGCUUCCCAAAACACAGCUUCCUUUUGAUACCAAAUGCAUUCCAACCUGAAUGGUUCUUCUGCGACGUGGUGAGAGGUUACCCCAGGCUUUCUAGCUCAGCCUCUGCCCGUUGCAGGAAGUCUUGUACCUGUGGAGGUUUCUCGUUGUUCUACACUGUAAUUUUGUAGAGCAGCUGUGAGUAAUAAAUCCUACUUGAGUAAGCCAGUAGCCUGGAUUAGCACAAAUGAGUUGGUGCUCUCCACAUUUCAACACAGUGUCAUAUAAUGAGCUACAUGAGGCAGCUUGAUGUGACAGUGAUUUGGUGGGAGCACAGGAGGUUGCCCCUCUGUGUAUAUAUUUUGAUCACUUCAUUUCUGUGGCUUUUUGGUGUAGUAUAGGAUGAAGGUAUUAUUGCCAGUUAGUGCUCACCUUGUCAGGCAUCACUUUGGUAGGUACUAAGCAGAGAAGUUAAGCAGGGUAUGACAGUGAAAAAUAAUAUUAAUACCCUAUUAAAAAAAAAAGCUCACAACUUUUCUGCUUCGCGAGAAGUCUCAUGACUGAAUGAUAAUGACUGUAUCUGGUGGUUCCCAGUAUCCUUCUAUUAUUUUAGUUGUUUACUUUUUAAAAAACAGCUGAUGAGGCUUCAACAUUCAUUCGAGGCCCAUUUAAUGUGUUCGUGGAGACCUUGCAACCCCCCUUCCUUCAGGGCAGCCUGCGUGUGGAAGAACACUGUGUGUGACUUUGACUUGCAGCUGUAGCGCUUAGAAAAGAGGCAGCAGGGAAGUCUUCCUAGCCAUGACUUUGGACCAUUGUGCCAUCCCUGUCUUGGCAUCUGGUAGUGGUGUGCAGCCCCUGACCUGCAGCAGCACUCACGGACCUCUCGUCGCUCUUGUGCAAACUUUCAUGGUUGCCUUAGCGAGAGCUGUAGCUAUCUCUGUGUCAACCAACAUCCUGCAACUCUCAAGGCUGCCUUAACUGCAAAAUAAAUAAAUAAAUAAAUAAAUUUACAUCAGAAACUUGCCUGCUACUUUUACACUUCUGCGUUUGUGCCACUUCCUCAUACAGGGCAUGUUUUCGAGCCAUUUUUGAGGAGAUGUGGUGAAUGUAAACUUGCUCUCUCGGGGGGAAAUUCUGUUGAGGCUUGCAUUAGCCCUUUUGGCCACAGCGUUUCAUUGGGAAUCCAUGUUCAGCUGAUUGCCCACCAGGACGCCCAGUCUCAUAUUUAGUCUCUGCUUUGGAGGAUAGAGUCCUCUCUCUCCCUCUCAUCCUGAUUUUAGAUAAUGGGCUGUGUGCAAUGUAAGGACAAAGAGGCAACAAAACUGACUGACGAGAGGGAUGGGAGUUUAACGCAAAGCUCAGGCUACCGCUAUGGCACAGAUCCCACGCCACAGCACUAUCCAAGCUUUGGUGUGACUUCAAUUCCAAACUACAACAACUUCCAUGCCACAGGAGGCCAAGGACUGACAGUGUUUGGUGGAGUCAACUCCUCCUCUCAUACAGGGACGCUGCGUACAAGAGGAGGAACAGGUGUAACUCUUUUUGUGGCGCUUUAUGACUAUGAAGCAAGAACAGAAGAUGACUUAAGUUUUCAUAAAGGAGAAAAAUUUCAAAUUCUUAACAGCUCGGAAGGAGACUGGUGGGAGGCUCGGUCCCUGACAACAGGCGAAACUGGUUACAUUCCCAGUAAUUAUGUGGCUCCAGUCGAUUCCAUCCAAGCAGAGGAGUGGUACUUCGGCAAACUUGGCCGAAAAGAUGCUGAGAGGCAGCUGUUGUCAUUUGGAAACCCAAGAGGUACCUUCCUGAUCCGGGAAAGUGAAACUACCAAAGGUGCCUAUUCCCUGUCUAUCCGUGACUGGGAUGAUAUGAAAGGAGAUCAUGUCAAACAUUAUAAGAUUCGUAAACUUGACAAUGGUGGAUAUUAUAUCACAACUCGGGCACAAUUUGAAACUCUUCAACAGCUGGUUCAACAUUAUUCAGAGAGAGCUGCAGGUCUUUGCUGCCGCUUAGUAGUCCCCUGUCAUAAAGGAAUGCCAAGGCUUACUGAUCUGUCUGUCAAAACCAAAGAUGUCUGGGAAAUUCCACGAGAAUCCCUACAGUUGAUCAAGAGACUGGGAAAUGGGCAGUUUGGGGAAGUAUGGAUGGGUACGUGGAAUGGAAAUACUAAAGUGGCUAUCAAGACUCUGAAGCCUGGCACUAUGUCUCCAGAAUCAUUCUUGGAGGAAGCCCAAAUCAUGAAGAAGCUAAAACAUGACAAACUGGUCCAGCUUUAUGCUGUGGUGUCUGAAGAACCCAUCUAUAUCGUCACAGAGUACAUGAGCAAAGGGAGCUUGCUAGAUUUCUUAAAAGACGGAGAAGGAAGAGCUCUGAAGCUACCAAACUUAGUGGACAUGGCAGCUCAGGUGGCUGCAGGAAUGGCAUAUAUUGAACGAAUGAAUUACAUACACAGAGAUCUGAGAUCUGCAAACAUUCUGGUGGGGAAUGGACUAAUAUGCAAGAUUGCUGACUUUGGAUUAGCAAGGCUGAUCGAAGACAACGAGUAUACAGCAAGACAAGGUGCAAAGUUUCCCAUUAAAUGGACUGCACCAGAAGCGGCAUUGUAUGGAAGGUUCACAAUAAAGUCAGACGUGUGGUCUUUUGGGAUCCUACUGACAGAGCUGGUAACAAAAGGAAGAGUGCCAUACCCAGGCAUGAAUAACCGUGAAGUCUUGGAGCAAGUAGAACGCGGUUAUCGGAUGCCAUGUCCUCAGGACUGUCCCAUCUCCUUGCACGAGCUUAUGAUCCACUGCUGGAAAAAAGACCCAGAGGAGCGUCCAACUUUUGAAUAUUUGCAGGGUUUUCUCGAAGACUACUUCACUGCAACAGAACCCCAGUACCAGCCCGGUGACAACCUGUAACUCCCUGGUCUCCACACACUGUCACGAAUUGCCAGGUGUCCCUCAGCCCUGCCCCAUCUGCCCUUCAGCGUCCAGCUCCCUGAUCGGCUUCCAGGAGUGCAGCAGCAUCUCCCAGCACCGCUGGGCACAGAAGGGCUGGAGCUGGGAACUCGCGCAGCCCUCGCCUAUGACCACUUGUCCUAAUAAUCUGAAUGUCCUGGAUGAAAAGGAGAAAAACACUCGUUUUUUUUCUUAAUCAGAGACUCCUAAACUGCAUUAUAUUGAUGUUACGUAAACUGCAAAACCUCUGUUCAUUGUAAAUAGUAACUCAGUGCCAAUAACUGAUCCUAGUGCUUUCCUUUUUUUAAAACGCAGAACCUAUGUGAUUUUAACUAGUCUUCUCCUGAUCCGACUAAAAGUAUUAUUUUCCAGAAGUGGCCUCUUUGUCUAAAACAUUUUUUUUUCAUGUUUUAACAAAAAAAAAAAAAAAAAAAGACAAAACAAAAAAAAAUCAGGACAGGUGUUUGGUUUUUUGCUUUUUUAUAUAUAAAAUAUAUAUAAUAUAUAUACAUACGUGUACAUACCGUAUAUGGGUGCUAUUGCAGGGGAAGCUCAUUUUGAACAGAAUGAAUCCUGCUGCAGCAGUACCCAGAAAGUGAUAAUUUUACUGCAGACAUGAAAACACUGGCGAGGUUGUGGAAGCCAGUGGUCUAAUUUUUGGCUUUUGCCAAGCAUGAUUUUUUUAAAUUGGAUUGCACUUUUUGUUUAUGAUUAUGUACCUGUAGAUGGUUGUAACUUUGCUCUUUCAGGAAUCAUGUGCUGUAUUUACAGUAAUGUUUCCGACGUUUAAGAAGUGUGCGAUGAUUUGUUCUUGGAACUAAAGUGAACUUAUUUAAAGCAAGAAAACUACGGCGUCACCGUUGGAACUGGAAAAUGGAAACUGCGAGGACUCCUUGUAUCAGAACGUGUAUACUGCAGCGUUUCAAACAGAUUUAUUAAGCCCUGUAACCACAUUCAGAUGGUCUUAAAAUCAUAGCAUUUUAGCCACGUCCGAUGCUAAACUGUUGGUCACGCAACUAGGAUCCUUCUGUUUUACGUGUAACAUUUUUCCAUUGUAAAAUAAGUGUGUUCAGUGUCCUGUACUGCUAAUGAAAGUACUUUCUCUGUGUCUGCAAGUUCUCCAGUGGAAUUACUAUGCACUUCUUUACAUUUCAUGGGAGAUGCACAGAACAAAGUAUUACCUUUUCAGUUGUCUGUACCAGCCUUGAAUUACUUACGUUUAACCAAAAAGCAAACAAACAAACAAAAAAAAACAAAAAAAAAACUUCCUUUCUAUUUCUAUUGAGUUUUUAAUACUGAGUUGCAAAUUUUAAAGUCUUAAUUACAUUUUGUUAUGGUUUAUUUGCAAGUUUACAUUUUAAAACUGUUUAACUUUCUUAAUUUAGUAAUUAAAAAAAAAAAAAGAGCAUUUUACAUUUGGAUAGUUGUUCUUUUGUUUAAAUUGUGGAGAUAACGGUGGAGAGGAGAUAAGGACGUUUCAAGAAGGGGUGUCGUGCUCUUUGGGGCUCCGUAUUUGGUAGGAGUGUGCGGACCUAUGGGGCACCGUUUUCAGAGUUCUGAAGUCAGUAUGUUUGUAAGCAGCUGGAGUUCAACUGUAAGGAAGGUGGUUGAGUGCACAGCUGGUCUCUCCUCUGUUCUGCAGAAGAGUUUCUUCUUCAGUAGUCCCUUUGCUUUUAAUGUGAAUACAUUUACAAGUGUCGCAGGAAAAAGAAUUCUAUGCCUUGUAUUGCUGUCGUUGCUUUAAACUAUUGCAGCCAAGUAAGACUUCAUGACAGUUUAAGUGUUUUUUUAAUUAUUUAAUAAUUAGGUUGCGAAUUCGUAGUCUGAAUAGCCACACGUUUUCUAAAGAGAACAUUUUUCGGUUCCUGAAAUAUAACACAAUGAUGAAUUGAGAUUUGGAGAAAACAUUGUCAUCGUUGCUUUCAUGUUUUCUAUACAAAGCAGUGACUGCAAAUCCUCUUGCAAAGAGAGUUCUGCACUCAGCCUUUCUCCAAGCGUGCAUUUACAUGGCAAUGUUGCUUGUUACCAGACUUCCAUGAUAAAUUGGUUAACGUUUUGCGUGUAGAGUCUAUAAGUAACAUUAUGUACAUGCUAUAUUCAAUGUUUCUGUACCUGUAGCUGUGGAACACCGAAGAGGCCAUAAUUCUUAUUGGACUUUUCAAAAUCAGUCUCCUCUUAAUACUUACAAGGUGAGUUGUGGUCCUUUUUCCCACAGCUAGCCCCUGCCUUAAAGCAUCACCCACUGCGCUAAGCCCUCUGCAGGAGCUCGGCUGGCUGGCAAAGCCAAAACGUCAUGUACCCAGAAAAAGGGUGGCAAAGCACGGUCAUUCUUCCCAGGUCUAUAGCAGAUGGGAUGAGGCUAAAACGUUUGGGAUUUUGCCUGUGUUUCUCAUUGGAAAUAAGACUGAGAUGGGGAGUCAUUGGGAUUUUAUGGCCUUUAUUUCUGAUUCUCGGGUUUGCAGUUCCUCAUGUCACAUUCAGCCUGUGAGUACCUGCCCGCAGCCACGUGCAGACUGCUGCUGCUACUGGGUGGCAGAUCCAGAUCAUUUCUCAUCGGUAGCUCUUCUGCUUCUUUUUCUUAAUGUUGGGAGUUUUGUUGUUUGGGUUUUUUAAUCUCUCAAAUAAAAACGUUAGUAAAAUUUAAA